CAGAAACAAACAAUGGACGAUGACGAGACACCGUUGGACGACAAAUCAAAGAGAAUGAGAGAUCUGCUAGCUAGUUUCUACUCUCCCAUCCCUUCAGCCUCCUCCAACCCCUUCUCCAAGCACACCUCUCCCGACGACAUCAAUUCUGCAUCGUUCCAACCUGAUCAGUACAUGAAUAUCAUGGCGCGUAAGUCGAAUUUAGAAGGUCUACUCCAGAGGCACGUUGAAAUGGUUGCUGAAAUAAAGAAUCUGGACACUGACUUGCAAAUGCUCGUCUACGAGAAUUACAACAAGUUUAUUUGCGCUACAGAUACUAUAAAGAGAAUGAAGAGUAAUAUUUUGGGGAUGGAGGAAAAUAUGGAACAUCUUCUUGAAAAGAUAAUGUCUGUACAAUCAAGGAGUGACAGUGUUAAUACUUCUCUAUGCGAAAAUAGGGAGCAUAUAGAGAAAAUGCAUCGGACAUGCAAUCUACUUCGUAAAAUUCAGUUCAUAUAUGAUCUACCUGAUAGACUAGGCAAGUGCAUCAAAUCUGAGGCUUAUGCGGAUGCAGUCAGGUUCUACAUCGGUGCAAUGCCAAUUUUUAAGGCAUAUGGAGAUUCAUCAUUCCAGGAUUGUAAGCGAGCAUCUGAAGAAGCAAUAGCUAUCAUAGUAAAAAACUUGCAGGGAAAACUAUUUUCAGAUUCUGAAUCAUUGCAAGUGAGAGCCGAGGCUGCAGUGCUCUUGAAGCAGUUGAAUUUUCCUGUGGAAAAUUUAAAGACAAAGCUACUAGAGAAGUUAGAGUUUACCCUUAAAGACAUUCAGUUUAUUCCUGAAGCAAUGGAGAAUGCUUCUCCCCCAACUCAUGAGGUAGCCAUUCACGAGUUUGUGGAAGCCAUUCGUGCAUUUAAAGUAAUCUUUCCAGAUUCAGAAAAGCAAUUAGUUAAACUUGCUCAAGACUUGGUAACCAAACAAUUUCUACUUAUAGAGGACUACGUAAAGACACGGAUUUGUGCAACAGAUUUACUUGGUGUGCUUCGUGUUAUCUGGAAUGAUGUGCUCCAAAUGGAUGAAGUCUUGGAAGAAGCAUCUAUCUCUAAUCUUUCUCUUGAGGCUGCCAAGGUUGCUAUCAAGCUGUAUAUUAGAAGUGCAUUUUCUCAUCUAAUCCAAGACAUCUCAGAUCACCUCUUAAAAGUACUAAAACGGGAUGGAGAAGAGGAGGCCUCACUGGAAGUUGCCCUAGAUGCUAGCAUAAAAGUGGUUUUCCACGGAGCCAGGAAUUUUUUAUUGGAUAUCCACAAAAUUCUAGAUGACAACUUAGAGAUUGUUGAUAAACUAAGAGAGUUAAUAAUUGAUUGGGUUCAACAAGGAUACCAAGACUUUUUUAGUGAACUUGAGGUUCAAUUCAUAUUGUUUUCGAAAAGAAACAAUUUUACUCAAAUUCAUGGUUUGUCAGAGGGAUCUCAAGCUGACAAAACCUUUCAUAGCCUUGUUCUAGUGUUGGCCCAACUUUCUGCUUUUAUUGGACAAACUGCCAUCCCAAAAAUCACUGAGGAAUUAUCAGCUUCCUUUUCUGGUGGAAGUGUUAGAGGUUAUGAAUAUGGUCUGACCUUUGCUCCUGGAGAGAUCUCUCAAAAGUUUAGGGUAACUGGUGAAAAAUUGUUGCAGCUGUACAUAAAUAUGAGAACCCAGCGAAUAUCACUUCUCGUAAAGAAGAGGUUUGCCACACCUAAUUGGGUUAAGCACAAGGAGCCAAGAGAAGUUCAUAUGUUUGUUGAUUUAUUUCUUCAAGAGCUAAAAAUUACAGAUACUGAAGUGAAGCAAAUUUUACCUCAAGAUUUGCAAAAGCACCGCAGGGCUGAUAGUAAUGGAAGUACUAAUUCAUCAAGAAGUACUUCUUUUCGGGAAGAGAAGUUGAGUCGCUCAAAUAUUCAGAAGGGAAGGAGCCAACAACUUUUGGAAACACACCUUGCAAAACUGUUUAAGCAAAAAGUUGAAAUUUUCACAAAAGUGGAAAAUACACAGGAAUCAGUUAUUAUGGCCAUUGUUAAAUUGUGCCUUAAAAGUUUACAAGAAUUUGUUCGACUUCAUACUUUAAACCGGAGUGGAUUCCAACAAAUUCAAUUGGAUAUUCAGUUCUUGAGGAAUCCAUUAAAAGAAAUAGCUGAAGAUGAAGCUGUCACGGACUUCUUGCUUGAUGAGGUGAUUGUUGCUGCUGUAGAACGAUGUCUUGAUCCAAUUCCACUGGAGCCCCCUAUAUUGGACAAACUUAUACAUGCAAAGAUGGCAAAACAUAAGGAACAAUAUGCAAUCUCUUCAUAAACAUGUUAUGGAACUUAGAAGUGUAGGCUAUGAUCAUGUUGGCCUUUCAUAUUUGCUUCAAAGACCAAAUUUUCCUUACAUUCUUUUCACUAUCAAUUUUCGUGAAACACGUGCUAGAUGAG